AUGCACGCGGCAAAAAUUCCACCUCGGCACUUGCACCCCCAUGCAUCUGUGAUCCUUCAUUCGCACGCCAAGACCAGACCCGUCAAGUAUAACUACACCAUGUUGAUACGGGAACCACUACCGUCGACCUUCGAAGAACAUGGUUUUUCCGACUACCCCUUUGUUUUAUCAAGACCGUCAAUUCCCUCGACGACAAGCGCACGAUUACGCGGAUUGUACCAAGUACCCCUUCGUUUCAUCGAGACCAGCAAGUCCGAAGACCCCAAGUACCACGACAACCCCGAAGGGAUUCAAAUCCGUCAAGUUCCUCUACCGAUGACUCGAACGGCUACGAAACAUGUACCACUACCGUCGAGCCGCGAAGACCCCGUGGACGUCAAGUUCCGUGUCGUGACCCCGAACAUCUACGGAAACUUGUGCGACUAA